GGUAACAACGAGAAAAAAUGAAAAACCAGCAGAAACUUCAGAUGCAACACCAGGGAAGGGGCAGUCCAGCUCUGGUGAUGUUUCAACCCGACCAGAACUACACAAAAAACCAUCCGAAGAACAGCCAUCAUCAACAGCACCACAAGCACCAGCACCUGCAGCAGCGGCACAAAUAAAAAACGAAAGCACCACAUCUGCAGAUGUCGUUUCAGGGCAACAGAUAAAAGAAGAAUCUCAACACGACAUGCAAUCAGAAGGUACUUCAGGGAAAGAAGAAAACGUCCCCACCACAGUCACCAAAAAAGACGGACCAACAGAAAGUAACGCCGAAUCAACUCCAACAACACCCUCAGCUUCCAAAGAUGCCAUUACAAAUGACGAUGAGAAAAGCAAUGAAGAAGAGAUUCCGAAACAUGAUCAAACACCUGAUGGUGAGACGAUGAACGAAGCCUCACAAGUUGGAAAUAACGAAGGAAAUACAACGAAAACACAAACUGUCGAAGCCGCAGCUAUAACAAAUAAUACUGCGAAGACUGGCGAAAGCGACAGCAGCACCGCGGCCUCCCACACCACCUCCCCUCUUUUGCUUCUUCUUGUUGUUGCGUGUGCGGCUGCUGCUGCGGUGGUGGCUGCGUGA